AUGAACCAACAGGGAUCCGCGUGUGUGGGCCACUCGAGGAAGAGCUCAUCGAAACCGAGGCCUGACGAUGCGGCCCUCCCUUUACUUGUGAUGGGCGGUUGCAUCCCUCUCAUCUGCACCUGUGUGGUGGGGGGGUGGGUGUCUGCACGGGAAGAGUGCGCACGGUGCUGUAUGGGGGAGGCUAUGAUGUUCGCACCCAACGUUAGGCUAGGGUGGGGGGGGGGUGAUGGGGGUAGGAACCUGUGGGCGUAUUGGGCGGGGUUGUUGGGGUGUUGGGUGCUAGGCAGGGCCAUGAUAUGUACUGUAAUGGCUGCUACGCCCGGGGGGGCGGGCACCUUCAUGCCGCUGAUCAGCCAGGCCCGGCGCGGGGGGGGCAAGGGGGCUGGUGGGGUCUAA